AGCACAAAGCCUCUACAAGUGUGUGUGUUUAGUGUUUACUCUCUAUUACCUUUCUCUUAAUCUCUUAUCUAAAAGGGUUUGUGUGUAUCCCAUCCAUACUUAAAACAAAGAGAUAAGAGAAACUUUUGAUAUGGGGUACUUAAAGAUGUCGGAAUCAGCCAAACCCUACUUUGCUAUGGUAUGUCUUCAAUUCGGAUACGCCGGGAUGAACCUCGUGGCUAAGGUUGUGCUCGACCGCGGCAUGAGCCAUUACGUCCUUGUGGCUUAUCGUAACGCCUUUGCCACGGCUGCUAUUGCACCUUUUGCUCUUCUCUCUGAGCGGAAAGUGAGGCCGAAGAUGACAUUUCCAAUAUUCAUGCAGAUUUUUGUUCUAGCUCUUCUUGGGCCUCUGAUCGAUCAAAACUUAUAUUACGCCGGACUCAAACUUACUUCACCAACUUUUGCCGGCGCCGUCACCAAUAUCGUUCCUGCUUUGACCUUUAUCAUUUCCAUAAUUUGCAGGAUGGAGAAGGUGGAGAUGAGAAAAGUAAGAUUCCAAGCAAAAGUGGUGGGGACGUUAGUGAUAGUGGUUGGAGCCAUGUUGAUGAUUUUAUUCAGAACUCCUCUCUUCAACUUUCUCCGAUCUCAUCUCUCCGGCGAUGCUUCGUUACCGGCCGGUGAGGACUACCUCAAAGCCACCGUAUUCCUCCUCAUCGCCUCCUUUUCUUGGGCUUCCUUUUUUGUUCUUCAGGCGGCUACGUUGAAGAGAUACUCAUCUCACCUUUCAUUAUCGACGAUGGUGUGCUUCAUGGGAACGUUACAGUCGACAGCCUUAACGUUUGUGAUGGAGCCAAACCUUUCUGCAUGGAACAUUGGCUUUGACAUGAACCUUCUCGCCUCUGUUUACGGGGGCAUAAUAACGUCUGGCAUAGCAUACUACGUUCAAGGAAUAAUGACGAAACAAAAGAGCGUUGUCUUUGUCACUGCUUUUAACCCCCUUGUUGUCAUAAUUGGAUCCAUCAUUGGUUUCCUCAUCCUCGGCCAGAAUUUAUACCUUGGCGGGGUUCUUGGAAUGACGAUUUUAUUGGUGGGAGUUUGCGCGGUCCUAUGGGGAAAGGAAGGGGAUGACGAAGAAGGGAACAUUGAUGAUAAGUUUGUAGAAGUUGUCAAGUGUUGUUGUAACGGUUGUGAAAUCAAGGUUCUCUCUAUGAUGAUGCCAAGAAUCGAUGAGGAAGUAGACGUUGAAAUGCAGUCUCCUGAGAAAGCUAAUGUGGCUGUGGGCUUCUCGUAGCCUCGUGUGUAGAAAACAAAAUUGUUCACGAGCUUAAUUAGAUCUUUUCAAGUUUUUUUUUUCUUAUAUUUUUUAGAUAUAGAGGAGCAACUUUUUCUUUGUUCUAUAUCAUUGCUCCAGUUUUAUUUUUUGUAGGUUUUGUUUUAUAAUCUUCAUUAGAAUUAAGGGUAAUUAAUAACAUAAUAAUU